AUUGUUUUAGAACCAUCCAUUGCUAUUUACAAUGCAUUUAUUGCAAUAUUUAUCAGCUUCCUGUGUUCCCCUCGAUAUGAAAUGGGUAUAUAAAGUUAUAAAUUAGGUUGUUAUAGUGUAUUUGUCUUUCGGUCUAGAAAUACAAACAUCCAAGAAAACAUGAGAUUCCUAAUCCUCGCUGCUCUCGUGGCUGUUGCUGUCGCCGAGUCCAACAGUGGCCUGGUGAUACCUGUACCUGGUGGGCCUGUCCCGGCUCCCGACCCUGAAGAGGCCUUCCACCCCAUCGCUAUCGGCCCCGCCAUCAUCGACAACUUCGAACCAAUAGCCGUCGGCCCAGCCGUCAUAGACACACCUGCCCCCUCAAACCCCAACCCACUAGUCCAAAUAAUCCUGAACAUCAACGCAGCAAGCGCCCCUGCUGCCCCUGUGGAACCUGUAGUCAUUAAGCCUCCUCCCGUCCGCCCCGACCCUGUGCAGGUCGUAGAAACAGCACCUGUGCCUGUAGAGCCUGUGCUCAUUGAAACACCUAUUAUCCCGUCCCCAGUUGUGGUUUUACCUGACGAACUCAACUGAACUGCAUUGAAUUAUGGUUUUACGUCUAACAACAUGUAAAUAGAGAAUAAAGGAUUGGUUUCUUGAA